GGGGGCCUUCCACAAGAUUGCUCUGCUUGAAACCACCGUGAUAGCCUCGUUUCCUUGUCCCCCUCCCAUUCCCGCAAUCUCCAGUCACGGGCGUAGAGGAGACAAUCCGCUUCCAUCCCCGUGUCCCAAGAAAUCGAGCCAUGUCUGCCGUCACUCGGGGUCUCCGGACGGCCACCAAGCAGCUGCGCAUCCAGCCCCGGGGCCUUCGCGUCGCAUCGCCCCUCGUGGCCCGCUCAGGCUCGGCCUCCAUCGGCGCCGCGCGCUCAGCGACUCCCGCUUCCUACAGCGCCUUCUCAACAUCCACCGUCCGAUCAUCUGGCGCGCCCGUCAUGCCUUCCCAAGCCCGCGAAUACGAUCCUGAGAUCAAGGACAUUGCCGACUACGUCGCCAACAAGCCCAUUGACUCGGAGCUUGCUUUCGACACUGCUCGAUGGAUUCUCAUGGACACCCUUGGCUGCGGCCUCGAGGGCCUCAAGUUCAAGGAGUGCUCCAAGCUCCUCGGCCCCAUCGUCCCUGGCACCGUCGUCCCCAACGGCCCCAAGGUCCCGGGAACCCCCUUCCAGCUGGACCCCGUCAACGCCGCCUUCAACAUCGGCGCCAUGAUCCGAUGGCUCGACUUCAACGACUGCUGGCUGGCCGCUGAGUGGGGUCACCCCUCGGACAACCUGGGUGCCAUCCUCUCUGUCGCUGACUGGGUCAACCGCACCAACAAGGCCGGCGGCAACCUGGCCAACGGCAAGAUCUUCACCGUCAAGGACGUCCUCGAGGGCAUGAUCAAGGCCCACGAGAUCCAGGGCUGCCUGGCUCUCCUCAACUCGUACAACAAGGUCGGUCUCGACCACGUUGUCCUCGUCAAGGUCGCCUCCACCGCCGUCGUCUCCAAGAUGCUCGGCCUCAGCGAGAAGCAGAUCGCCGACGCCGUCACCCAGGCCUGGGUCGAUGGCCAGAGCCUGCGAACCUACCGCCACACCCCCAACACCAUGUCCCGAAAGUCGUGGGCUGCCGGUGACGCCUGCCAGCGCGCCGUCAACCUUGCUCUCAAGGUCAUGAAGGGCGAGGAAGGUGUCCCUACUGUCCUGUCCGCCCCCGUCUGGGGCUUCUACGAUGUCCUCUUUGGAGGUAAGAAGUUUGAGUUCCAGCGCCCCUAUGGCAGCUACGUCAUGGAGAACGUCCUCUUCAAGGUCUCGUACCCUGCCGAGUUCCACUCCCAGACCGCCGUCGAGGCCUCGGAGAAGAUCCACCACAUUCUCAAGGCCCAGGGCAAGUCCGCCGCCGACAUCAAGGCCAUCACCUGCCGAACCCACGAGGCCUGCAUCCGCAUCAUCGACAAGCAGUUCAAGCCCAUGGACAACUUUGCCGACCGUGACCACUGCAUCCAGUACAUGGCCGCCACCAUGCUCGUCUUCGGCCGCCUCGAGGCCACCGACUACACUGACGGAGGCGAGGCCGCCACCUCGCCCCUGGUCGAGUCCCUGCGCCAGAAGAUCAAGUGCGUGGAGGACCCCCAGUUCACCAAGGACUACCAUGACCCCAGCCUGCGCACCAUCUCCAACGCGCUGACUGUCGAGCUCAACGACGGCACCAUCAUGGAGGAGGUCGUCGUCGAGGCUCCUCUGGGCCACCGUCUCCGCCGCGAAGAGGCCAAGCCCGUCAUCCUGGAAAAGUACAAGCGCCACCUGGGCCCUCACUUCCCCGAGGCCAGAGUCAAGGAGCUUGUCGAGUUGGGUCUGGAUGCCAAGAAGCUCGAGGCCACGCCUGUGGAUGAGUACGUCGACCUGUACACGGUCGAGUCGAGCAAGUUUGUGUAAAAAGUAAAUGUCACCAAAGGUGUCUUAUGAGUUAAACCAAUAUGAACAACAAUCAAUC